AUGGUUCCUAGAAUUGAUAUAGUAAUUCAAAGUUCUUCUAAAUGCUAUACAAUAAAAAGGUAGAUAAAUAAAAGUAAAACCACUAAUUAAAUGUUUAUCAAAAUAAACUUAGACGAAUUUCAAUAUCCUUAAUAAGAUAUAAAUACCAAAGACCUAGAGUUAUAGAUAAUAGAUCAAGGAAUAGAAGAAGGUUAAAAGAAAAUAGCUUAAGUUGAAUCUAAAUAAUUGUUAUUGUAGAACUUCAAAGCUUAAAAGGGGAAUAUAUCUUAAAGAUUAACUUAAAACUUAUAAGAAGAAGGCGCUUUGCUAAAUAAUCAACAUUAAAUGCUCAGACAGGUUUAUUUUUCAAACUUGAGAGGCACAUAAACUCCAGAUGUAAUGGAGAUGAAGUAAUAAGCUGUUGGGCUAUCAUAAAUAUAAAGAAGUAAUCUCAUAAAUAAGAUAAACAAAAUGAAAUCAAAUGCAUCUACAAUUAUCUUUAAAAAAUAAUCAAGGAUUAAUUCAUAAAUUGACUCUUUUAAUAUUACUAAAAAGUCUUUUAAAUUGUUAGGUGGAGGUUGUGGAACAUCAAGACCAAAGAAUAGCGAUGAAGAUGCAAUCAGCCCAUAAAAUAUCCAAAAAGGAUUAAAAAAAAAUAAUGAUUAGCUUGACUUUGAUUAAUUAUAAUCUUUAAAGAAAGAUUAUAAUUUCGAUUAAAAAAAUAAUUAACAAAAUGAAGAAUCUCAAGAAAUUAAAGCUAUCGAUUUUAACACGAAUUAUGCAGAAUAUUUUAAAGUAGAUUAAGUUAAAGAUGAUGAAAUAGAACUUUAUAUUAGAUUAGCGAUAGAAGAGAGUCUCUAUCGCUUUAGAGAGUCUAUUGUGAAACAAAUACAGAGAGAUAAGGUAAUUGAUCUCAUCAAUUUGAUAAUGAAUUAUUUGCUGAUUGUCAUUUAAGUCAAGAAUAAACAAAGCUUGUAAAAAGAUAUUAAUAGAAUAGAUAAAAUACUAAAAGAGCUCUAAAAUUAUUGCAAAGAAAAUCGAAAAAUUUAUCCUGUACUUGAUUUGUACAAAUACUUUGAUAUUUUAAUUGCUUUAAAUUCUCAAAGAAUAGGUUUAGAUAAAGCUAAUUAGAGUACUUUUUCAAAGAUCGCUGAAAAAAUUAUUCAACUUGCUAAAUUUGGUGCUGGAUUCGUAAGUAUUGCCGGCGCUAUAAAAAACUUAACAUAAUUAACAUUAGAUGAUAUCAAAAAAACAAUUAAAGAGGUGAAGUUAAUUUAUGAAGAAAUAACUUCUUCAACUGCAUUUUAAUAGUCAAAGGAAAUGUAUGCAGAUUACACGGCCGGUAAUUUAUCUUAAAAACUAUGUGCUUUAUGGUUUAGCAGGUUUGAUAUUAUUAAAGAAGACAAUUUGACUGAUAAGCAAUCUGAAAUUAUUUUCUAUUUAGAAGAAUUAGAGAAAAUUCAAAAUAAAAAUAAAGAAAAUAAUGAGCUUGUUCUUUUUAUUUAUAUGCAAUUAAAUUACUUGCUUGGUAAAGAAAAGAGUAAUGAUAAUUUUAAAGAAUUUUCUCAGAAAUUAAAAGACCUCAAUCAGUAAGAUUUAAUCUUAAAAUUUGUGAAUUUACUUCAAUUGAGACCAUAUAAGAAUGGUGUUGUUGAUUAUGCAUUAAAGAAUAUUGCCAGUUAAAUCGUUACAAAUGAACAUUUUAGAUACUAAAAAGCAUAAUUGUUGUUGCAUUUUGCUGAAAUCAUAGAAUAUUUUGAUUAAUAGGAAGAAGAGCAUCACAAAAUUAUGAUAGAUUUAUGCAUAAAUUAUUUGCAAGAAAAAGAAAUGUCAGUCAAAAUUAUUUAUAAAGGAAAUCAUAAAAUGAAAGAAUUUAUUGAUAAAAUGGAUUAACAUUACUUAGAGAUAGUUAAAUAAUCAAAAGAAUCUAAAAGUUUACUUAGUACCUUGGUAAAUAACGAAGAGUAAGUAAAUCAGAUCACAAAUGACAUUUAAAAAGAAGAAGAUAUACCAAGAUUACUAGCAAUUAACUUCUUUUAAUUAUGGGAGGCGAGUGUGAAAUAAAGAUAAGAUCAAAACAAACUUGCGCAUAAGGAUGAUGCUUUGCUUGAGGCUAUCAAUUUAUAUAUUAAACAAAGAGCAAUCUUUAAAGAAGGAAAUAAAAUAUUUAUGUAAGAUAGUCUCAGUACAAAUUCAAAAGAAAUGGAUGUCUUACAGUAAAUUAUAGAUAAAUUCCUUAUCCCUAACUACGUUAAAACAGCCUAGUAAAGCUAAGAAAAAACAAAUGGAUAAAUUAUUUCCAAUUCUUUCCCUUGCUAAAUGUUAUCUAUCCUUGCAGAAGGAGGAUCUGGAAAAUCUAUGCUGUUAAAAAAACUAGAAUAUGAGUUGUUAAAUAACGAAUCUGAAUAUGUAAAAGAUGAAAGAGCAAAAUAUAUUCCACUUAUUGUGAAGUGCAGCUUUUUAGAUAAAGAAGAGCCAUCUAUUGAAAAGUAUUUAUUAUCUUAAAACUUUAAAUCAAGUGAAAUAGAGAUAUUAAAAAAAUCUGAGAGGAAUAAAUUAAUAAUGUUAGAUGGAUAUGAUGAGUAUACUGGAAAGUAUUUCAAAGUCUUUAAUAAGCUAAAAAUAUCAUAAUGGGUCAACACCAUUGUGAUAGUUACUUCUAGAUUAGAUAAAAUAUCUGUCUAAGAUGCGCAAAUAUAUUUAAGCAUAGAAGAUGAAUCAGAUAAUUCAAUUUAAAGUAACUCUUAUGCUAUCCUUGAACUCUAAAAAAUAUAGGACAAAGAUAUCCAACUUUAUUUAGAAAAGUUUAAAGUUAAAUUAAUGAAGGAUAACCAAUUAAAAAAAAAUUAAUGGUAAUAUGAAAGAUUUUAGAAAACAAUUUUUGAAAACAAACAGUUUAUUCAAUUGCUCAAACUCCCAAUUAACUUAUAUCUGACAACAAGGAUGAUAUUAGAUUUAGAUCUCAAUGAUCAAAAUAUUUUGAAUAUUUUUAGAACUGCUAAAGACCAGACUUAAAUAUAAGAAUUAUUUUUCUAAAAAACAUUUAAAAAAUCGGCAUAAGUUUUUAUUGGAUAGUAAAAUUUAAAAGCAGAAGAAAACUAAGAGUAACUCGAAAUAGUAUUUUUGUCUCACUUUGAAUACUUUUAAGCGAUGGCUAUUCAUAUAUACAAGUAAAAAGGAAAUAAACUAAAUUUCCUUACUACUACAAGAAACUCAAUUAAAUUUUCUCUAAGAGAGGACGUUUAAAGCAAUUUGAAAGCUAAUAAUAUAGAGACAGAAAGGCUUACCUAAUAUUUGAACAACUAUGCUGACUCAAGAGUGAUAGCUAGAACAUCAAUUACAUAGGAAUAAGAAAGUUCUAAAAAAGAAGAAGAAUAAGAAGGUAGUGAACCUUAAAGUUAAGAGCAAAAAGAGAUUGAAAAAAAGCAAGAUGAAGACUUAUCAUAUGAAUUAGAAUUCAGGCAUAAAACUAUUUUUGAAUAUUUUGCAGCAAGGGCUAUGAAAUUUGAUUUUGAUAUACACAAAGAAAACAUUCAUCUACUACCAAUUGAAACGCUUUAAAAAUUUAACAUCAACCAAAUAUAAAUAAUGUAAAGAGGAUAAAAUUUAUCAGAAUAACAAAUUCUACUUAAACUCUUUUAGUUGAUAGAAUAAGAUAAAAAGAAUUGUGAUAUCUAUUAAAAUUAUAAUUUUGAUCAAAUAGAGAAAAAUAAUAGAUAUAUUCAAUAUAUAAGAAAAUCAUACAUUGAAAAGUAUGAUUAAAAGAGCUUAAUUGAUUGUGGAUCUUCCAAUUUACUUUCUGCCAUAUUUAUAUCGAGAUUUUUAUUUAAAGAUUUAAUUCUUAAAUAGUGUUCGCUCUCUACAUUGUUUAACUAGAAUUAUAGACAUUAUAGCCUAAUAUUGGAUCAAUGUAAUUUAAAUAAUUCUGUCAUUGUGAAUAUGGAUAGCAGAUCUAUCGAAUCUUCAAACACAAGUGAAGCAAUUUUAGACUCUUUACAGUAAGUCUUUUCAAAUGAAAACUAAUUCAGAUUUUCGUCAGUUAUAUUCUAUGGCAAUAGCGUUAUAGGUGUAGGCAAGUGGGGAAUAAUAACAAAGUAUAAGAUGCAUAAUGAUAUUUUAAUUUUAGAAUAAACUAAAAGGAUUACAUGUUCACCUAUUAAAUUUAUUAAAAAGUGUUCUAAUGAUUAUGCUGUGAUUGCUUCAAUAAUCACAGUAUUUUUGAUUAAUCUAACCGAUUUUAAAGUUCAUAAAAUAAAAAAUUUUUAUAAAACUAUUAAAAAUAUUGAUUUUAUAAAUAAUCAAAUUGCAGUUUCCUGUGCAAAUGAUGAAAAUUAUAUUGGAAAUUUAGAUUUUAAAUUUAACAAAUUAGAGAUAGGUGGAAGUUUAUUAACCCUUUCAUACGACUGUAAGCUGUUAGUCACACAGGAUAAAAAUACGAUAAACAUUUAUAAUAAAAUAAAUGAAAACUAUUCCUUAGUUAAAUAAAUCACAGAAUUUGAAAAAGAAACUCACCUUGCUUAAUUUUCUCCUGAUGGUAAAUUUCUUGCAACAGUUCUUAAAAGAGAUUCAGAAAUUUAUAUUUGGAAUGCAGAAAACUAAUUUGAAAUGGUAAAAAAUAUAAGGGAACAUCGUUAUUUUAUAACAUGCAUUGCCUUUUCUUCUGAUAAUAAAUAUUUGGCAAGUGCUUCUAAGUCAGGUGAAGUCGAAAUAUGGGAUAUAAAUGACAAAUUUAAGGAAUUUAAAUACGUAUUUUAAAAGUUUUAUGUAUCAGCUAUUGCAUUUUCUGAUGAUAUGUAAUCAUUUAUUUGCUGUACUAAGAGACUUACUUGCAAUAUAUAUGAUGUAUAAAAGUAAUUUAAAAUAAAGAUAAGUAUAGUUGGUCAUACAGAUAAUGUUAGAGUAGUAGCUUUUUCACCAAAUGGGAAAUACAUGACAACAAUUUCUGAAAAUAAGUAAAUAUGGGAUAUAGAAAAAGAUUUCUAAAUAAUAAAAACUAUGGAAUGCAAUUUCAAAACGUAUGGUUUAUCUGCAGCUUUUUCUCAUGAUUCAAAGUAUUUAAUAUUUGGCUUAAAAGAAGUAAUUGAAAUACUUAAUGUAGAGAAAGACUUUGAACUCAUUCAAACAAUUAAGGUACAUGAAUUAUGUAUCUGUGGAAUAUCUUUUUCAUAUGAUGGAAAAUAUGUAGCAACUUGUGGAGAAGAUGAUAGAUUUUGCAAAAUAUGGAAUUUGAAUAAGAAUUUUGAAUUAGCUACUUAAAUUGAAAAUAAAUUUUAUUUUCAUUCAGCUGUAUUUUCUAGAAAUGGUAAAUAUCUUGCAACAGGAACUAAAAAUUGUUAAGUAUGGAAUGUCGAGAAAAAUUUUGAGCAAAUUAUAGAAGUAAAUGACAAUUGGAAUUAAUGUAUAGCUUUUUCUGCUGAUAGCAAAUAUAUAGCUGCUGGUUCUGAAGAUAAUAAUUGUAAAAUAUUGAAUGCUCAAAAAAACUUUUAAGUUACUCAUAUUUUAGAAGGAUUUAAUUGCCAUGUAACUUCUAUAGAUUUUUCAGCAGAUGGAAGGUAUUUAGCUACUUGUUCUAGGGAUGACAAAGAUUGCAAAAUAUGGAGCAUCUUAGAAAAUUUUUCACUGAUUCAAACAUUCAAACCAAAUAAAGAUAAACGUGUUUUUUAAGUUGCUUUUUCUGCUGAUAGCUAAUAUCUGGCCACUGCAUCAGAAAAAAACUGCUUAUUAUGGAGUAUGCAAAAUAGAUUUGAAGCAAUUAGUCAAACACAAAGUCAUUCAUAAUAAAUAAAUAGCAUUGCCUUUUCUCCAAAUAAAAAAUAUCUUGCAACUUGCUCUAAUGAUAAAACUUGCAAAAUAUGGGAUUCAGAAAAUAAUUUCUCUUUAAUAAAAACCAUAAAAGAUCAUUCUGGGUAUAUAACUUCAGUUGCUUUUUCCGCUGAUAGUUUAUACAUGGUAACAGGUUCUAAAGAUGAAACUUGCAAAGUAUGGUAAGUAGACAACAAUUUUGAACUUUAUGUAACAUUAAAAGAUCAUUAAGAUCCUAUUUAAUCAGUUGCUUUUUCUGCUAAAGGUAAUUAAUAUUUAGCAACUUGUUCAAUAUCAUUUUGCAGAAUAUAUGAGUAUUCAAAAGGUUUUAAGCUAAAAGACUCUUUAGAUGUUCUAUCUGUAAAUUCACUUUCCUUUUCUCCUGAUAAUAAAUAUCUCGUUACUUGCAGUAUAGUAAUAGGUUCUCUCAAAAUAUUCGAUGUAAACAAAAAUUUUCAAGUGGUUUACAAAAUUGAUUAACCAUUUAGCUCUGCUGUUUUUUCUAACAAUGGAAAAUAUCUUGCAGCUAGAGGUAAUAAUAAGUUAUUUAGAUGUCAUUAGGUAUUUUCUAUAUAAAACUAAUUUUAAAUGAUUUAAAAUUCUCAAAUUGGGAUAGUAACAUCAAUAACAUUCUCUCCUGAUAGUAAAUACCUAGUAACUGGUUCAGAAUAAGAUUGCAAAAUAUGGAGUGAAUAGGAUGGUUUUUAAUUAAAAGGCACAAUUGAGUAUCCCAGUUAUGUACUUUCAAUUGAUUUUUCUUAGGAUGGAAAAUACUUAGCAUUUGGUGGUUAAUCUAAAUAUAUCAUGGUUAUGGAACAAUUUAACAGCAAAUAUUUAUUAUGA